ACUUUUGUGGUUGUGAUCAAAAUAGUAGCAUCCCUCCAUUUUUAAGAUCUUUCAGACAAACUUCUCCCCACUAAAAAUUUAUUGAGCAGCUUUAAUAAUUUCCUAUUGUUUUGGAAAAUAAUACUUUGAAAUAAUCUUCAAUGGCAUCAGUUGUAAUGACUUCUCUUCCGCAGUUCACUGGGCUUAGACCCCAGCAAGCUUCAUUCCCGGUUAAGAGCUUGUCAGCAGCUCUGCCAAUGAGGGGCAAAGGAAAGGGUGCAUUGGGUGCACGAUGUGGUGAUUUCAUUGGCUCAUCCACUAACUUGAUAAUGGUGACCUCAACAACACUAAUGUUGUUUGCUGGAAGAUUUGGGCUAGCACCAUCAGCCAAUAGGAAAGCAACAGCUGGUUUGAAAUUGGAAGUAAGAGACUCUGGACUACAAACUGGUGACCCUGCUGGUUUUACACUUGCAGACACUCUUGCUUGUGGCACUGUUGGUCACAUUAUUGGUGUUGGUGUUGUACUUGGUCUCAAGAACAUUGGGGCUAUUUAAUUAACCUCUUCUUAAUUAUGUGUUGGCUUAAGCUUGUAAAAUACAGUACUCAUUUUUAAAUGUUACUCGUAAUGUGCAUUAUGCAAUAUCUCGAUGUUUAUAAACUUACCAACUUGUUUAUUUUAUGAUAA